CUGACCAAAUUAAACAGCCAUCGGUUUUCUGUGCUCCUCGCACCUGUCCUGGGCAGCACCCAUCCCACACACGCCCUUCCCCAGAUCCUGGGGAACAAGACCCUGGGGACAGAGAAGAAGGGACACUUACUGAAAAAGAGCGAGGGGAGAAUGAGGAAAGUUUGGCAGAGGCGGAGAGUGGCCAUACAGAGUGGGAUCAUGUCCGUCAGCCACUCAGAUGAAAGUAAAGACCCUGUGCGGCUGAACCUGCUUACGUGUCAGGCUAAAUUGGUGCUCGAUGAUCCGACCAAGAAGUGCUUUGAUCUCAUCUCCAGUUCAAAUAACAGAACUUACCAUUUCCAGGCAGAAGACACGGCAGACAUGGAGGAGUGGAUAGCCGUCCUGAACAAUGCCAAGGAGGAAAUUCUCAUGAAGGCGUUCGGGGACUCCACAGGGUCCGGGCACCUGCGCGAACUGACCCGCUCUAUUAUAGACCAGAUACGUCGUCUGCCGGGAAACGCAUACUGCUGUGAUUGCGGCGCUGAAGACCCGGAAUGGCUGUCUACCAACCUGGGUAUCCUGAUAUGUAUUGACUGUUGUGGUAUACACAGGGACCUCGGCGUCCACAUCUCCAGGACGCAGUCUUUAGUCAUAGACGAGAUUGGGACAUCACAGUUACUGCUUGCACGGGUGGUUAGCAAUAGAAGUUUCAACGACAUCAUGGAGGCCACAUUAGAUACAAGUUAUAAACCUACUUCAACAAGUACAAUGGAGGAGAGGAAGGAAUUUAUCCGUGCCAAAUACGAGCGCCACCGCUACGCCAUCAAGACGUGUUUGACGAUGGAGGACCUAAAGCUGGACCUGAAACAGGCAGUGCUCAGUGCUGACAUCUAUGGUCUGUUACAGGUGUUUGCGGAGGGACAGGAUCUGAUGGCGGUUUUACCAGAUACUGAAGAUGAAGAGACUGCUCUCCAUUUAGCAGUGAAACAGACAGAUGGAAUGUCGCUACAUAUUGCAGACUUUGUCAUCCAGAAUACCAACAAUCGUAAUUUAGACAUGGCCACCAGGGAUGGGUAUACGGCCCUCCACUACUGUGCCCAGGCAAACAGAACCGAGGAGAUGAAGUUACUGUUGCGAGCAUGCCCCGCCCUGGCAUCGGUGGAAACCAAAGAUGGCCGCACAGCGAUGGACAUUGCACGGGAGGAGAACAAUGAGCACUGUAUAGACUUGCUGAAGCAUGCUCUGGAGGGGAAGACAAAGCUGUUUGAGAAUGUGAACAUUGACUGGGACCUGGUCAGCUCUGAUGAGAACACACUUGACACUGUGGACUACAGUGAUGAUGAGCUGGAAGACAGAGGCACACCUGACAAGAAGAACCGCUCCAGACCUCCAAGUCUGGUCAUGACCAAAGACAGUAUUAUCCCCAUUCCAGCGCGUGAGAGGCGCUCCAGUCUAGGUGAUGGGCUCAAAGUGAACCUUAACAACCUUCCUCCCCCACCUCCCCCUCAGUCCAGCAAACCCAAAGGCCUGACUUUCUCCUCCACCGCCCCCCUCGCCUCUGUCUCAGUGGGGUUGGCUGGGAAGAAAAAAGCCCCCGCCCCUCUUCCCCCAGGGGUGGGGAGUGGCCACACCCGUAUGGUUUCAGACCCCAGUGGUAUAAACCUGGAUCAGGUCAACCGUGCCCGCGUCCCGUCAGACCCCUCCAUGCCGCCGCCAUUACCCAUGAAGAACAAGGAUAAGAUUCAGGCACCGCCUGGUGGUAAGCUGGUGCUACCGCCACCUCUGCAGUUCAGGAACCAGACUGGCGCAGUCAGCAGCAACAGCGGUAAAAAGUCGCGGACAUCCAGUGCCUCAAGCGAUAAGCCAGUUCCAGCGCCAAGAAGAAGUACUAUAGGUGGCGCUCCAGUGUUCUCCCAGCCCGAGGCUGUCAAAGCUGCCAGCAGUAUGGAACGUCUAUCUAAUGGGAGAUCCAGCGAGAGUCUGGACUCCACGGACUCGGCAGCGGGCGGAGGUCUUCAGCCGCACCCCACCCCCAGGACUAAGAAAAAAAUGUCUUUGAGGAGACAAAGGAAAUGCAGGGCAUUGUACGAUUGUGAUGCUGAUAAUGACGAUGAAUUGUCUUUCAAAGAGGGAGAAAUUAUCAUACUACUUAGAGAGGAGGAUGAGGAUUGGUGGGAAGGAGAGGUAGACGGAGAACCACAUCGAAAAGGACUCUUUCCAGCCUCUUUUGUGGAAAGAGUUGUAGAGGAUUCUGGGGGAUAGAGGGCAGUGUCUCAGCUAACGCAAUCCUGGAACUCCUAACACAAUCUUCGCAACCUCACUGUGGGCGUGACAUUCCCAAAGUCACCUCUUCCUGGUAUUGUGUAGGCAAAAUAAGGACCCUAAGGUGUCCAGCUCAGCAGUAGGGCUGUUCAGAGUCUUCAUAUGAUGUCAUUCAGAGCAGAGUGGUUCUGGAUAAACAAAGAGAUGAUAGACAGCACCAGAGCUUCCCCACAUUUCUUUGCUUGAAAGAAUGUUCUCUCAAAGGGAUUUAUAUUUAUUUGUUCUCGACAGUGAAAAUGAUAUUAGGAUGAAGUUUUUUGAAGCUGGAGGAAGCGGCCUGUUGUUGUGUAUAGGUACAUAUAUUGAAUGUGACAGUGUCUGAUAUAGAAAUGAUAUAGAAAUAAUCUGUACAUAAUUGUCCAUACGUACUAGUGAUGGGAGACUGUAUGAAGAUGACUUUCUCUCAUGAUUGACAGUGACAUGUUAUUUAGGACUAAGACAAAUAUCAAUUUUUUUUGUCUUUUGUCUGAUAAUGAUACUGCAAAAUAUGAAUUUGCAGUGUUUUAAAGCCUUUUGAGUAAGAUGACGUUAUUUUAGCAUGAAGCCAAUAUUUGCUACAUUUAAUGUAUGAUACUUAGUUUCAGCUGAGAAAAAAAGGGAAAUGCAACGGAAAGAAUGAUG